CAUUGAGUAUUAUUCACUGUAACGUAAAUCAAACUCGUGUUGAUUCGUCAGCUCUUGUGUAUAAGCGGACUGGCAUUUUGGAUCCGUCAUACACGUUUGCCAUGUUUACUCAGUAACCCGAGGAUGUCGUAGUACGGCGUGCUGUCAAGCACGUUAAAUUCGUUCAGCAGUGCGCUGUUUAGCCGUUAACUGUUAGUCGUUAGCUUUAGCAUUGAGUCAUGCUGCUAGAUGUGCUACAGGGAGCGGAGGCUGGAGGAUUCACACUCAUUCAAGAUACGGUCAAGUGCACCGGAAGGGGACUCCUCAGGUGUUUUAUUAACGCGGCCCUGAAGAGAGGCGAGGACGUACACGUGCUGGGAUUUGAGCGCCCAGAAACAGAAGUGUGUGCUGGGCUGGACAGGAGCUGUGUGAACAAGCUUCAUUUUCAUAAGGGUUUCCCCGAUCCUCUCGGCUGGACGCGCAGAUCGUCUUUCGCCGACACGCAGUUCACUUCUCAAGACAUAACUCGGCUCAUCGAAGACACGCGGCGAGCCAAAGCCUCGGUGCUCGUCGUUGACUCCUUCUCGUUUGUUUUGAGACACCGUGACCCCCUCGUCUUCUGUCAGACGCUUCAGGAGCUCAGGAAAGGAGGAGAUGUUAAAAGCAUCAUCGGCCUCCUGCAUUCAGACUUGCACCAGCAAGGCAUCGUGGGUACUGUGUGCUACUUAGCCACUACUGUUAUCUCGGUGGCACCUGCUCACAAUGAACACCAGUCUGUGGCAAAGACCACAAGACGCACAAAGUCAGGGAAAGUCAUGCAAGAGGAAGAGUAUUUCAGCGUGUCCGAGGACGCGAGUCUUUCAGUACGGGCCAAACCCCGUCAGCCUGGACAUGCACAGAAAGAGCCAGAUGUGUCUGAGGCUGAUCCAACAUCAAACCUGACUUUCAAUCUACGUCUGUCUGAGGAGGAGAAAAAAGCCAAAGAGAAAGUGGCGCUGCCGUUUGUAUUCAGUCAAGAAAAAAAAUCCUCUCUUCUGAAGCCGUUUCCUGGCUCAGGAAGGAUCAUGUACGAGCCUGAUGCCAACGACGACUUUGACGAGGAGGAUCCAGAUGAUGAUCUUGAUGUGUGAAUAAAGACAGCCCACAUAAUGACCUAAAUCUGUGAACGUCAGAUCCAUCUUUAUAAAUGUAUUUAUUAUUCCUUACUUUAUUAUGACUCAUUCGGUCUGUGGCUGUCUGUUGUCUGUCAGCUCUUACGAGGCCAGGUUUGAAACGGAUACGAAUCGAUGAACCACUGUUCUUAGCAAUGCUGCGUACUUUUUGUAUUGGUGGAAAAAUUGUAGAAUAAAAAAAAAAAGCACUCAAAUAUUUUGGGUCUUUAUUAAGAUCA